UGUCCUUCCUUCUCCCUGAUUGGUCCACGGCCUGGUUGUACAGAUACUUUCACUUUCUGUAGAUUUGGCGGUAGAUUCAGUUCAGUAUCAGGAUGGCGCACCGUGCAGUCUUACAUGUCCUUUGUGUGUUGGGAGUCUUUCAGAAAGGUCUAACAGCUCUGAUAGAAACCCAGCAGACUGUGGAGGCAGCUGUAGGAGAGGAAGCCUACUUGAACUGUUGGCUGAUGCAAUCUAGAGAUGUUCUGCAAGUCACAUGGCAGAAGAUUUUACCUGAUGGAGAGAAGAACAUAGCUACUUACAGUGAACGAUUUGGUGAAAGAGUGAAUGCUGGUUUUCAAAGUAAGCUGGAGUUUAAAGAUGCUGGACUGCAGAACAGCUCCAUAGUUAUCAGGAGGGUGAUGGAGGAGGAUGAAGGGUGCUAUCGCUGUUUGUUUAACACCUUCUCUGAAGGUGCUCUCACUGCUACAACCUGCCUGAAGCUCUAUGAGCUGCAUGGACCCUUUCUUCACAUCACAGAAUCAACAGUUGUGUCCUGCUCAGCCACAGCUCGACCUGCUCCCACAGUAACACUGACUGUCCCUCACUACAACUCUACCAGCGUCACCAACACCAACGGCACAGUCACUGUCACCACUACAGCUGGGCUGUCUGGUCUACAUGGCAAAAGCACACGGGUUGGAUGUGCAGUGAGAGUGCUCUCUGGUCCUCAGAUAGAGGUGUCUAUGAUGAUUCCUGAGGUCAAACAGUCGUCUGCUGAUGAUUUCACUCUGAUCAUCGUGUCCGUGGUUGUGGCCUGUGUUUGUGUUUGUGUUGUUGCUGCAGUCGUCAUCACCCUGCUUAUACGGAAACAUUGGAACCGUCGGUCAGACAAGGACCCUGAGGAGAAGAACACACCACAAAAAGCAAUCAAAGACAUUGAUGAGACUACACCUUUAAUGAAGGAAGAGAACGAGACGCGGCAACGGACGUCCACUGGGAGAAAAGAAAAACACGACCACCCAAAAGCAUCACCUGGGAAAGGAAGAAAAAAAUUAUCUUUUAACUAAGUUAACUAAUUAGCACCACCGAAUAACCCACAAGACUGUUAGUGCCUCAACACAGAGAACAUGUCUGCACCAGUUCA